CACUGUAUCAGAUCAUUAACUGGUGGUUCUACUGAAGACACGUUCUACAGGUUAACCAGAAAUGAAGAUGAUUUUCGCAGCUCUGUUGGUAGCUGCCACCUGCUGUUUUAGCCCUGGCACCUCACAUUACAUUCCUCGUCAUGCUAACCGUGAUGAAGACAACUCUGCAGGAAAGUUUAGUUGCCUGGCAACGCUAACCGGAGAAAGGAAGGAUGAUGCUAAAAUGGUUCUGAUCGACUUCCUGUGUACUCGGCCCAAAUACACGGAUCCGAAAAACAAAGAAGAAUUAAUUGAAUUCAUCGAAGAAAUUGUGAAUAUCACAGGUUGCACCCAACGUGAAUUUUUGGGAUCGGACACAAAUAUAGAGGAGCUAGUCAUAAACCUUGAAGAAGUAUUACAAAAGCUGACACGGAAUGCGAAGCAGCUUCUGAAACAUCUACAUAAAACUGAAAUACCAAUAUCUUUCUGUAACCUUCUGGAUAUCCUGAGAAAAAAUGCAGCUGCUACCUUGGAAGAAACAUCCACCCCAAGUGGGCAUAAACGACUCACCCGUUCCCUUGGAGGAACACUUGGAGGGAUAGGCGGCCUGUUAAAUUUAAUCAAUGGCCUUUCUCCAUUGCUAAAUAUUGUAGGGGUGUUAGGAGGAACAGCUGGAAAUUUACUAAAUCCCGUUUCUAACCUAUUGAGUGGUGUGUUAGGAGGAGGAGGAGGUAGUGGGUUGUUGGGAGGAUUGCUAGGAGGGAAUCAAGGUGGCUUAUUAAACGGUUUGCUAAAUGGUGGGUUGCUGAAUGGACUCCUAGGUGGAGGUGGAGGUGGAGGUGGCUUACUAGGUGGCACUCUGGGGGGUUUGUUAGGGGGGGGUCAAGGAUGUGGAGUAGGAGGUGGUGCAGGAGGUGGACUGCUAGGAGGUUUGCUUGGGGGAGGUAAAGGACAAGGCUCUGGUGGAUUGCUUGGUGGAGUAACUGACUUGGCUGGGGGUCUUACUGGAUCAGUUUUAGGACAAAAUGGAGUGCUAGGAGGGUUGCUUGGGGGAGGUUUGCUUGGGGGAGGUAAAGGACAAGGCUCAGGUGGAUUGAUCAGUGGAGUAACUGACUUGGCUGGGGGUCUUACUGGAUCAGUUUUAGGACAAGGUGGAAUUCUAGGAGGGUUGCUAGGAGGAUCAGGCUCAGGGGGAUUACUUAGCGGUGUCACCGGCCUUUUAGGUGGAUAAUCUGGAGGACUUCUUGGAUCACUUAUGGGAUAGUAGAAGAGGAAGAACAGCAGAAUUCCACCCUGAUUGGAAAUAACUGACGUUGUCUACUAAAAUAGUCUAGGUCAAAGCUAAUCACAACUUGAAUAAAUUAAAUAUAAAGCAG